AUGGAUACUUUUUCCGGCCAACAGUCUAUGAGGUGCCCUGAUUCCAAAGCUCUGCCCAAUGCAGACCUUUAUGGAAUGAUCCCAGUUUUCAAAAUGAAAGACCUGAUACUGAUCUUGUGCCUCCUGGAACUGAGUUCUGCAGUGCCGAUGUUUCCUCAGCAACCUGGAACACCAGGCAUGGCUAGUUUGAGCCUGGAGACCAUGAGGCAGUUGGGCACCUUGCAGGGAUUAAACAUGCUUUCUCAGUAUUCAAGAUUUGGCUUUGGAAAAUCAUUUAAUUCUUUGUGGAUGCAUGGUCUCCUCCCACCACGUUCCUCUUUCCCAUGGAUGAGACCAAGGGAACAUGAAACUCAACAGUAUGAAUAUUCUUUGCCUGUACAUCCCCCACCUCUCCCAUCGCAGCCAUCUCUGCAGCCUCAACAUCCAGGACAGAAACAUUUCCUCCAGCCCACCAUUGUAACCGCCAUCCAGGACACAGCCCAGAAAGGAGGACCUCAGCCUCCGGUUUAUCAGGGACAGCCGCCCUUGCAGCAAGCAGAGGGGCCAGUGAUUCAACAGCAGGUGGCACCAUCAGAUAAGCCACCAAAGGAGGAGCUACCAGGAAUGGAUUUUGCUGGUCCACAAGUUCCAUCAAUCUUCUCAAUAGCCCGUUUGAUAUCUCGGGGACCAAUGCCACAAAAUAAACCAUCUCCACUUUAUCCAGGAAUGUUUUACAUGUCCUACGGAGCAAAUCAAUUGAAUGCUCCUGCCAGACUUGGCAUCAUGAGCUCAGAAGAAAUGGCGGGAGGCAGAGGAGGCCCCAUGGCCUAUGGAGCCAUGUUCCCAGGAUUUGGAGGCAUGCGACCCAGCCUUGGAGGGAUGCCCCACCAUCCGGGCAUGGGCGGGGACUUUACUCUGGAAUUUGACUCCCCAGUCGCUGGAACCAAAGGUCCUGAGAAGGGAGAAGGAGGUGCGCAAGGCUCCCCCAUGCCAGAGGCCAACCUAGCCAAUCCAGAAAACCCAGCUCUGCUUCCAGAGGUAGCGCCUGCUUCCCUCGGAGGGCUUCUUGCUCUCCCUAAGGGCAGUGUUUUGGGCCUGGCAAGGGGCCCUGCAGGACAGAGCAGGGGACCCCCCAGGGUCACCCCAGCAGCCAUUGACCCACUGAUGACCCCUGGAUUAGCUGAUGCUUAUGAGACCUAUGGUGCUGAUAUAACGACACCCCUGGGAGAAACGACUGUGGAUACCACAGUGACCCCAGACACUCAGCAAACAUUGAUGCCAGGAAACAAGGCCCAGCAGCCCCAGAUUAUGCAUGAUGUGUGGCAUUUCCAAGAGCCCUGA